CGCGCAGAACUUCAGCAUCAGUCACUGGCUGGAGAGUUUAAUUCUUUACUUUCCUUUGAACUAAACGGCAAUUGCAUUUCAAAUUGUAUUAGCAGUCCUUCUUCAUCGCCGGGGCGACUUGUGGUUUAAAGCAAUUAGGCCUAUCAAACUAAAGAAAUUUUAAAAUGAUACCCCCGUUUACACUGGUGCUGCUUUUAAUAGGGGCUUCGGAGUCCAGGAAUGUCAUUCCGAUAAAUGCGCCACGGGAUGUACAACAAACAACUCUGGAAACGAUGCCAAAGGGUCGUGCAGGUGUUUCAUUCAAGGAGGUUAAUGGGUUCAAUACGGAGAUCGAUUUGAUCCAACGUGAUGCCAAAGGCUUGGAAAUCGAUAACCCAUCACCAUCGAGAUCGGACACAAACCACAGGAGGGUCCCGCGUGGCGCAGGGGACGGGAGCACCAAACAACAGGGUCAUCAUCACCCUUCUAGUCACAGGUACCCCAGGCCUUACGACCCAAAUGAUUCCUUUACAACACCCAGAUUUAUGCAGCGCUCCAACUCCAGCCGUUCCCUGGACAGAACCGACGGUCAGAGCACGAAGGGUUUGCCGGCAGAGGACGGCGCGGGGAACAGCAACUCAACGGAGAAGACUGCACCUGGCAUCCACAACCCGCUGUACCCAGUCACCGAUAGCUCGUACAGCGCCUAUGCUGUGAUGCUCCUGGCGCUGAUAGUGUUCGCCGUGGGCAUUACCGGCAACCUGGCGGUGAUGUGCAUCGUGUGGCACAAUUACUACAUGAAGAGCGCGUGGAACUGCAUCCUUGCCAGCUUGGCGUUCUGGGAUUUCUUGGUGCUCUUCUUCUGCCUACCCGUCGUCGUCUUCAACGAGAUAACCAAGAUAAGGUUGUUGGGGGACAUCUCCUGCAGGGUCGUGCCCUAUCUAGAGGUGACUUCCCUGGGGGUGACGACCUUCAGCCUCUGCGCCCUGGGUAUUGACCGCUUCCACGCCGCCACCAGCCUCCAGCCCAAGGCCUGGCAGGUGGAGCAGUGCCAGUCCAUCCUGGCCAAGCUUGCCGUCAUCUGGAUCGGUUCCAUGAUCCUGGCCAUGCCAGAGCUGCUGCUGUGGCAGCUGAGUCAGGACGCAUCGGGCCCCAUGGGGGCCCUGGUGGACUCUUGCACCAUGAGGGCCUCCCCCAGCCUCCCAGAGUCCAUCUACUCCCUGGUGCUGACGUACCACGACGCCCGUAUGUGGUGGUACUUCGGCUGCUACUUCUGCUUGCCAGUGCUUUUCACCCUCUCCUGCCAGCUGGUGACCCGCCGCAUCGCCGGAGGGGAGAGCGCCACCCGCAGGCCGCAGGUCCGAAAGUCGCCGCCGUCGCCUAAGAAGCUUCAGCAGGAGAGGCUGGAGCAGAAGCGGGACCGGCAGCUCGACUGCACCGUGGUGGCGCUCGCUGCCGUGUACGCGGGCUGCGGGCUGCCCGAGAAUGUCUGCAACAUCAUCCUGGCCUACGCCUCUGCCCCCGUCGGCGGGCCCACCCAGGCCCUGCUGGCGCUCGUUAACCAGUUCUUCCUGUUCUUCAAGUCGUCUGUGACGCCCGUGCUGCUGCUCUGCCUGUGCAAGUCGCUGGGCCAGUCCUUCAUGGACUGCUGCUGCUGCUGCUGCGAAGGCUGCCUGUCGGACGGCACCCCCUCCGCCUCCACCUCCUCCUCCCCCUCGUCCUCCGCCAGUCGCACCACGGUGGGCAAACCCAAAGCCGCUGUCCCCCCAACUGAGGUGCCCCCCGCCAUCGCCUUCGACAAGGCCAAGAACAGCUCCCCCAUCUUGGCCAUCGGCACGCCCUGCUGAAGCUCGCCCGGCAUGUUGCCGCGCAGCAGGCAGGAGCCCUCUGCGUUCUGGUCCUGCACCCUGUCUCCCAACCGGCCAUUCCCAUGAGCAGGGGCUAAACUGUGGAACACCAUGGGGAGGGGCACAAGGUCUCAGGCUGGUUCUAAACUCUGGACUGGUUCAGGCCCUCCCCACCACCAGCACCACCCAAAACACCAUCAGUGAUGGCUCCACAACAUCACCUUUCCACCCAACUUCCAUGUCUUUGGACUAAUGAAAGUGUGAUUUAUCUGGGAAGGGAUUAAGAAGUCAAUCAAGAAAGUCUGGCAAAGAGCUGAGAGAGCUCAAAAUGAUUACUUGAUUGUAACUGUCUACUUAUUGUUUUUUUGUCUGUUUUUUAAUUUUAUUUCACUGGAAAAUAAAGUUAGCAAUUGUCUUAGUUGUGAGGUAUCAGUGUUCCCACUAACAUUUUCAUUUGCCAAUUGAAAGGGAACAACAUUGUGAACCACAUAGACUCUUUGAGUCACUGACUCUUUACACUACACUGCCACAGUACACCUCUCUCCAUCUUACAGUAUUGUUAAUUAUUUUAUUUGCUACAGAAUACAACUAGUUUGGUUUAGUAUAGCUGUUUGUAGGUUUGACCCUUAGUAUAAAUAUAACUAUUGCACCCACGAGUAACAACAUUAACAAUAUUCUGGAAGUCCAUGUAAAAUCACAGGCUUUCACCACGAUUCAGCUUCACAGCUAACAUCAAUGUACUGGCGUUUUUUUUUCUAAUUUUUGAUCUGUGCCUUGUUGCUGAAUGCAAAUGGUGAGUUUCAGUAUUAGUGAGUUUCUGGGUUUUCCUGCCAAUAAACGUCAUUGGACUGUGACCUGCAAUUAACAUGUGUGGUUCAGUCCAUUGUUAUUUGAGACUUCAGCUAUAGCACUUCUUGUGAAUGAUAAACAAGGCCUAUUUAUGAGCGCAAUACUUUUAAUGAUUAACCUAAAUGCAUCACUGUUUUAUUUUUCACACAACAGAAUGAGCCUGAAAUUACAUCAAUAAAAAGUCUUGUUAAAAAUCUUCAGAGGUACACAGACAUAAGGAUGUACUGCAUUGCAGUUUGAUUGAAUAGAGGUCUAUGUAUUGAGACAAGGUGUAAAAAAAAGAGCUUUGUGCUUUGUAAUGUUCUUGUUUUGAAAUGAUAUGUAAUUGAAGUUGCCUACAUUGUUAAUACAAAUCGUUCUGUUCCCCCUCUACUUGUUGAAUUUCAUACUGAAAGAGUAAAACACUGAUUAAGAAAUACUCUAUUGGGACUGAGAGACACUGUCUCUACCAAAGAGCAGCAGAUCUUUAAGGAGUUCAUUUGAAGUGAUACCGAAGAUGAAAUGAAAAUCUGUGUUAGCUGGAAACAGUGCUGAGAUGCUGGGCUGUGCUUCUGGGGAAAAAAUGGCAAACAUUUUCAGAAAAUUGUUCAGAAAUGUGCUCAAAGUACCCAGUUUUGCACCUACCAGCUCGCGUGUCAAUGCUAUGUUUGUGUAACAGUCUUUAGGAAUGAGAAUAACACACUGUAGUUUUGAUCUUUGCUGGUCUUAUGAUGGCAUGAGGAGAAUGGAACAUAAGACUUUGUGUGAACCUUUGCGAACAUGUUGUGAAUAUACUGUAGUGUUUAACACGUUAGGUAUUCCCAUGUAUGAAAAGUGCUUUUUACCAGAAAAUACUGAACAACAAGGUGGAUG